UCUCUUUGAGCAGCAGAUACCUCCCUGUCCCCAAAAGCUCUUGUCCUUCCAUGAUGUGGCUCAGUGCUCUGGUCUGGGCCUCUCUUGCUGUUUGCACAGUUUGGGGACAUCCAUCAUCACCACCUGUGGUGGACACCACACAAGGUAAAGUCCUGGGGAAGUACGUCAGCUUAGAAGGAUUCACCCAGCCUGUGGCUGUCUUCCUAGGAGUUCCCUUUGCCAAACCUCCUCUUGGAUCUCUGAGGUUUGCUCCACCAGAGCCUACAGAGCCCUGGAGCUUCGUGAAGAAUGCCACCUCCUACCCUCCGAUGUGCUCCCAAAAUCCAGUCUCUGGACAGAUGCUUUCAAAUAUGAUCACUAACAGAAAGGAGAACAUUUAUCUCAACUUUUCUGAAGAUUGUCUCUACCUGAAUAUUUACAGCCCCGCUGACUUGACAAAUGGCAGCCUAUUGCCCGUGAUGGUGUGGAUCCAUGGAGGUGGAUUUGUGUCAGGCGGGGCGUCCAGCUACGAUGGAGUAGUUCUCUCAGCUCAUGAAAACGUGGUGGUGGUGACCAUUCAAUACCGCCUGGGCAUCUGGGGAUUCUUCAGCACGGGCGAUGAACACAGCCCUGGGAACUGGGGCAUCUUGGACCAGCUGGCUGCACUACGCUGGCUCCAGGAUAACAUUGCAAACUUUGGAGGAGACCCGCGCUCAGUGACCAUCUUUGGAGAGUCAGCAGGAGGUUGGGGUGUCUCUAUUCUUGUGUUGUCUCCUCUGGCCAAGAACCUCUUCCACAGGGCCAUUUCUGAGAGCGGCGUGGUCUUCGGCAGAAACUUGGUCAAUAAGAACACCCAGGCUAUGAUUGAACGAACUGCUACUAUUUCUGGGUGUAAAGACACAACCUCAGCUGUCAUGGUUCACUGCCUGCGCCAGAAGACAGAGGGCGAGCUCUUGAAAAUCACACAAAGACUGGCACAGGACAAUGUCUCCCUGUUUGUAGUGAUGGAUGGAGUGGUGCUGCCAAAGGCACCUGAAGAGAUCCUGGCUGAGAAGAGCUUCAACAUGGUCCCCUACAUCGUGGGCAUCAACAAGCAAGAGUUUGGCUGGAUCAUUCCAAAGAUGUUGGGUCUCCUGUCUGAAGCCAGAAUGAAUGAGAAAAUGGCCAGUUCCCUCUUGUGGAAGUACCACUCUGACCUUAACAUCUCUGAGAGUAUGAUUCCAGCUAUCAUUGAGAAGUAUGCAGGAAGAACAGAUGACCCUGUCAAAAAGAGAGACCUUCUGCUGGAUUUGUUAGCUGAUGUAUUUUUUGGUAUCCCGUCUGUACUCAUGUCCCGUGGCAUCAGAGAUGCCGGAGUUCCUACCUACAUGUAUGAGUUUGCAUAUUACCCAAGCUUCGUACUUGGCAACAGACCAAAGACGGUGCUGGGAGAUCAUGGGGAUGAACUCUUCUCUGUAUUUGGAGCGCCAUUUCUAAAAGAGGGCGCCUCAGAGGAGGAGACCAACCUCAGCAAGAUGGUGAUGAAAUUCUGGGCCAACUUUGCUCGAAAUGGGAACCCUAAUGGCGAAGGGCUGCCCCAUUGGCCAGAGUAUGACCAGAAGGAAGGAUAUCUGCAGAUUGGUGCCACCACCCAGCAAGCUCAGAGACUGAAAGGGGAGGAAGUGGCUUUCUGGAAUGAGCUCCUGGCUAAGAAGCCACCUCAGGCAGAACACACUGAACAGGCAUGAAUGGGAAGUUCUGCCAGUCACAGGACCAGGAGCCAAGUGGGGCUAUUCAACAAAAGAUGCUUAUUCACCAAAGAUGAAUCUUACAGAAGAAAUCACACAAUUGUAUAUUGGGGCAUGGACAGGGGCCAAGGAGGGGGAAUAUUUCUAUAUCAAUUUGGAAAAUAAAUUUUCUUUCAGAAAUCAAA